CUUCUGCGACACCAGCCGUUAGGCUUCAACCUUUUUUGCUCGGCGUUGUUACGGAGCACUCUUCACCAGAACGCCACAUCUUCUAUCCUAUCCUUCUGCUUCCUUUGAGGAUACUCGCCUGGAUCCAAUGAGUCCGGUGAACAGUCUCUGGUUCAAGUGGAAGAGCCUUCGAUUACCGUGGCGAAGAUCGUUCCUGGUCGGGACUGAUCUGUCUGGUAACACCUAUUGGGAAUUUAAAGACGCUUUGAAUGCGAAACGGCUUCGGCGCAUAGUCAAGUACAAACCUGGUACUCACUACGCAGACGUUAAGGUUUCCCCUCUAUGGCAUCAGUGGCUCCGACAUGUUCGCCCAGAUCCUCCGUCCCUUCAAGAGCAGCAGCAAAAUGUUAUCCGCCAGGUUCAAAUAAAGCAUCUGGCCCGACUAGCCGAUGAGCGUUGGGCAAGCAAACCGUCAUUCCUCGAUAAGCCUCAAUCCCAGCACCCGGUGCCUGCAACAAACUCCAGUGAUGCAACAGUCAAUGCAUCUCAAGACCUCACUGCUCAUACAAAAGAAUCUCCCAGCUCUACGGUUCCGGGAAAUCGCACAGAGCGCGAAAACAAGGUACAAGGAGACAGGGCCAAUAAAGAUCCCUGGGCCAAAGCAAAGGGUGCUCCCAGUGAAAACUGGCAGCCAGAAUCAUGGACACCAGCUGCUUCACGGAGAUAAGAGCUUUUCAUUGGGUUAUAUUUCUGCCAUACAGCUCAGUAUGCAAGGUUUUCUUCUCUCCCUUGGCUGGCAAUCCUCUUGAUACAAACUUUCUAACCCAGCUUAGCCAGAAGCACUAAGCGAUAGGAUUGUCAAAUUUAGUAUGCGUUAUCAAAUACCUCUCACGCUCCGGUUACACCUCUCAUCUUGCAAAAAGUUAUUUCUACAUUAUUAGAUUCUUCUGCUACAUGUCAUAAAUGGUUUGGGGUUUUAGGCCUAUAUAUUCUAUUACUGCAUGUAACUGGUGGACUUUGUGCUGGUCCAUCUAUGCAUUGCAUCUAUAUGAUUCUUUUGAAUGUCUGCCAUCUAUAUUGUAAGGAAAUAUGCAUGGUCUAGUUGUUAAAACACACAGCUUUGAUCUACUAAUAGAACACCAAGUCUGACCUCUGGCACUUUUCUCUUGUUUUGUUUCCUUUUUUGGACAGAAGAUCCCAAAGGAUCUAUGUUUAUUUACUCUACACAAAUAGAGCAGCAGCUGUCAAAGUUCCUCCAACUCCAACUAGCUCGGAAAUCCCCUCUGCACCCUUCUGUCAAACUUGUUGACGCGCUCAAUUCUAGGCUUGUUCCAGAGAGGCCUUACUUAGGUUGCUAAGGAUC